ACAGUAAUGUGUUAUCACAUAAUUACAAGCUUAUUACAGAAACCAUGAUGAGCUGUGAAUCCUCACCUUCGAAUGCAAUCAUGCAAAAUAUUUAUGCAGAUUCAAAGUAUACAUUUUUAUUAUAAAUUCAAAAUAUUUACAUUUUUAUCUGCUAAUUUAUGAUGAAUAUGGCACAUGAUUUCAGCAAUCACUUCCAAAUAAUGGCCACCUGGGGGCAGUAGUUGUCACCUAAUAGAAGUAGUGUUUCGGUGGGCUUGGAAAGGACUUUCUGAAAACAUUAGCUCAAACCCGUUUCAGAUUGACCACCUUGGAGGAGCUUGUGUUGUUGUCAUAAACGGGUGAGCUACAUGUAGUCCUCUGAAGACAUACGUGCACUUUAUGAGUAGGGGUGACUACUCAUAGACUUGUUGGAGUAGGUUGGCUGAGUGCAGCAUGCCUCUUGUGGAGUUCAUUGCAGGAUGGGUCUCAGGUGCAGUGGGACUAGCUGUGGGACACCCCAUGGACACAAUAAAGGUACGGAUUCAGACUCAGUCCAAGUACAAAGGAAUUGUGGACUGUGUCACAAGGACCUACACACAUGAAGGGAUCCAUGGCUUUUUUAAGGGCAUGGCAUUCCCUGUCUUGAGCGUUGCCAUCAGCAAUGCCGUGCUCUUCGGUUCCUAUAGCAACGCUCUGGACUACCUGACUCAGUCUCAGAGGGGCGAGCGCAGCCACGGCAACCAGGCAUCCGCAGCUGCGGUCUUCACAGCCGGCUGCAUCUCAGGUGUGGCGCAGGUGUUUGUGACAGCUCCCAUUGACCUGGUGAAGGUGAGACUCCAGAGCCAGACGAGGAGUGUGAAGUACCGGGGCCCCAUGCACUGCGUGGCCGUGAUCCUGAGGGAGGAGGGGGUGCGGGGCCUCUUCCGGGGCAUGUGGGCCCUGGCCCUCAGAGACGUGCCCUGCUACGGGCUCUACUUCCUGCCAUACGAGCUGACCGUCAGGAUGCUGACAGACAAGGACAGACAACCAGGUACGUUUGCGGUGCUGAUGGCAGGUGGUGUGGCGGGGGUGGUGACGUGGGCGUGCGCCACCCCCAUGGACGUGGUGAAGGCCCGGCUGCAGAUGGUGGGGGCGGGGGGCCAGGCGUACCGGGGGGUGCUGCACUGCAUCCAGGAGAGCGCCCGGCAGGAGGGCGUCCGGGUCUUCUUCAAGGGCCUCCUCCUCAACAGCGUCAGGGCCUUCCCCGUCAACGCAGUCACCUUCCUCAGCUACGAGAGCCUCAUGUCCUUCCUGACGGCAAAAGGAGCCAAUGGCUGACCUGGACCGCUCCUUUUGACACUGGCAGAGCUCAAAGGUGCCUGAAGUGUACUGUGGAGGAGGGGUGGGGGUGGCAACAUGUCUCAGUGGGCUAGUGUGCCGCUCCAUUACACCGGGGAGCCGGGUUCGACUCCUGCCCAAGGUCGUUUCCCUAUCCUUCUCCAUGUCUCUCUCCACCCUCAUUACCUGUCUCUCUCAGUGUCCUAUCUGAUUAAUAAUGGUGUAAAAGCACACAAAAAAAACAUUAAAAAAGAAACAGGACUGUAGCAUCACGGUUGCACACUGGUGCACAUUUUGGCCAAUUCAAAAGUAAGACAUGGCGAAAUGUAGCAAAGCGGUACAACACUACAGCUGAACUCAUCAGACUUCCUCCCUCUCAGAUAAGCCAAUAGCCACAUCUGGGGGACAAGUGUUCUACAACACUCCUACAUUCAUGACUAAUUUAAAGUAACUCUCAGUAGUUUUUAUAUUCUACUAUCUUCUACAAACAGAAGCAGAAUAGUCUCUCAUUAGAACUACAGACAUGGCCUGCUCUCCAAAAAGCAAAUUCAGAAGCAUUUUUCAUCCUGUUACAAGUCGAUGGACCACUGAAAGAAUAUUAGAAACAUUUUAAACUUGAAAGAACGACUUAAUGUUGCUUUAAGAUGUAACCAAAAUGGGACUCUUUUUGUUUUUGCAUAGUUUUUUUUAACAGUGCCUUGAUCCAGCCAGUCUAUUCUGUCUGGUGUGUCUGAUUGUUUCAUAAAAAAAUAAUCAACCUCAUAAAAGGACACGCACAACUAAAAAGGGAACUUUUGAAGUCAGCUUCAACUUUGUCCAUGGGAGCAGUAUGUGAGAAAUGCCACUGUGAAAAUACUCAUGGUUGAUGGGACCACCACUUGAAAUCAAGUUUCACGAGGUUACAGCGCUUGUCGGUGCUGGAAACUUUGAGAACACUACACAUAAAUGUUUACACCAUCAUGCAGUAAUAAUUACAAACAUGACCUGUGCCAACAUGUACCGUUGUGCUCAAAAUAAUAACAGUGUCAACACUGCUUUUUAAGAUUAUUUUUUUUACUUUCUGUAAAAUAUUAUAAAAUUAAAUUAUCUUUUCCCAUUUUCUUGCAUUGAAGUAGAAUGUGCAUUUCCCCCGAUGCAUUUAUGUUCAUUUAAGUACACUUUAUUUGAAGAAUUUACAUUCACUCACCUUUUUAGAGACACUGCUAUUAUUUUGAUCAUAACUGUAUUUCUUAUCAGUAUAUUAUGUACACUAUGUAAUAAAAUGGCAGAUAUUCUGUCUACAAAUGAAUGUUAAUGCCAUCAUGCAGUACGUUGAAACAUGACCUGUGCCUACAUUAAUCGUGUGAAAAUGAUAUCGAAGACGACAGAAAUUGAUCAUUUUUGUCUACAAAUGAAUGUUAAUACCAUCACACAGUAAUACGUUGAAACUCUGCCUGUGCCUACAUGUUUUUUUUAUCAUUAUGUGUAUGCAAUAAAUAAGACAA